AAUAAAGGAAUAUUGGGAAACUUGUAUGUUACUUCUUUGAAGUGAUUAGAGUCGUUAAAUACUUCUUUAAUCAGCCAAAAGUCUCUUAAUGAUGUAAUAUAAUUUCUCUGUGUUCCUUCCCAUGGUUGGCUGGCCAAGUCUUCUAGAUAUAUCUACUUGUUAAUUUUACUCUAGUCAAUUGAAUAUGAAAAUGGAGAGAAACAGAGGUCACUACGCUGCAUCCAUUUGCCAAAUACUUUACAUUGAUAACAAUGGAGGAUUCUCUCAUGUCCCUCUAGAAAUUGCUAUCUCCCAAACGAAAUAGCUCUCUAUCUCUCCGUCUCACUAUGCAUCUCUGUAUUUCUGCAUCUUCAUCAGCCCUGGUUUUUAUCAUCUUUAUCCUUUUAUCUGUCCAAGUUCCAACAUUUUUAUGUGCAGGCAAUGAUACAUAUGAGGUAUGCAGCAAGCCACUCCGGUGUGGAACCUUCCAAAAUGUUACAUAUCCUUUCUGGGGAGUUGAUCGGCCAGACUACUGUGGGCAUCCUGGGCUGGAGUUAACUUGCCAGGGAGAUGAACUUCUGAUGACAAUCAUGUCAUUAAGUUACAAAGUUAUUGAGAUCAACACGGAUAUACAGGCUUUCACUGUGGCUAGAAGUGAUUAUCUGACAACGCUUUGUCCCCAGCACCUUGCCAACACCACCUUGGACUUCAACCUGUUGAGUUAUGCUUGGAAUCUUGAGAACGUAACAUUAUACUAUGAUUGUCCUAGGAUUGCCAACCAGUCUUCAGGGUUUCCAAGUCAAUUUAACUGCACCAGCAAUGGAACUGAUAUGCAAAAUUACUAUGUCAUAGCAUCAGCUUUUGGCAACCUUUCAGCUGUAGCAAAGGGUGGCUUGGGGUCUUGUCGGAGCAAUGUCAUUGUUCCAGCCUUUUAUACAGCAGUUCAGACUAUAGUGAGCAAUCCAACUUCAGAUACUCUCGUUCUACCACUUCGUAAUGGCUUUGGGCUGAAAUGGGAUGCAAAUAUUGCUUCCAAGUGUACGGCAUGCAGUGCUUCCGGUGGGAUGUGUGGUUAUAACAAGACUCUGAGUGAAUUCACUUGUUACUGCUCAGAUCAUACAGAUCCAUCAGCUUGUCGUCCAUCAGGGUCAUCUAACGGUACCAGUUUGAGGAUUAAACUAAUCAUUGGCUUGGGUGUGGCAGGGGCUGCUAUUGUGGUAGUUUUUGUUAUGGUGUUUACCUUGAGGCAUAGGAGAUCAUCAUUUUUAAUCUCAAGUGGAAUACUGAUGAAUUUCCAGCAAAGUAAAAAGAACAGUGAAAGGAUUGAGGCAUUCAUAAUGAAGUAUGGUUCUGAUCUUGCUCCCAAACGAUAUUCUUUUUCAGACAUCAGGAAAAUAACCAAGUCCUUCAAAGAUAGGCUUGGAGAAGGGGGAUUUGGCACAGUCUUCAAAGGUAAAUUACCCGAUGGUCGUCUUGUUGCAGUGAAAGUCCUUAGUGAAUCAAAGGGGGAUGGAGAGGAAUUUAUCAAUGAAGUGGCUAGUAUUAGUAGAACCUCUCAUGUCAAUGUAGUGACUUUUCUUGGUUUCUGUUAUGAGGGCUCAGUGAGAGCUCUAAUCUAUGAAUUCAUGCCCAAUGGAUCAUUGGAUAAGUUCAUCUGUUGUGAAGGAUCUCCCGACAAAAGUCAUCUACUAAAGCAUAAAACGUUGUUUGAAAUUGCAAUUGGCAUUGCUAGAGGACUGGAAUAUUUACAUGGAGGUUGUAACACAAGGAUUUUGCACUUGGACAUAAAACCUCAUAAUAUCCUCCUAGAUGAGAGUUUCUGUCCCAAGAUUUCAGAUUUUGGUCUUGCUAAAUUAUGUGAGAGGAAGGAGAGCAUUCUUUCUAUGAUAAGUGCUAGAGGAACAAUCGGAUAUAUUGCUCCGGAACUGUUUUGUCGAAACUUUGGAGGAGUCUCUUACAAGUCCGAUGUUUAUAGCUAUGGGAUGAUGGUCCUGGAAAUGGUUGGAGCAAAGGAAAAUGUUCAUAACGGACCGUCUGUAACCAGUGAAAUGAAUUUUCCUUUAUGGGUUUAUGAGCAUCUCCAACAAGAAGCAUAUUUCAAUCUUCAAGGAAUCACAGUUGAAGAGGAAGAAAUAACCAAGAAGAUGAUCGUAGUGAGCUUGUGGUGCAUUCAAACUAAUCCAUCGGAUCGACCGUCAAUGACAAAGGUGCUAGAGAUGUUACAGGGAAGCCUUCAAUCUCUAGCAAUUCCACCCAGACCUUUCCUGUUUUCUCCUCCAAGAUCGCCCCAAAACUCCUCACAAAUAGCAUUAAUUGCAUCAUCCAUUAGCAUGCCUAGUGAAUUAUAAGGGAUCAUAUAUUUCACCAGUGUCUGAUAGUGUAUUAAAUUACAGAUAUUUUAUGUGUGUCUGAUUGAUAAUUUUCAACCUGUCACAACUAGUAGUGAACUUCUUCUACCAUAUUCUAUAGAAAGUGCAUGGGUAGUUAAUGUAUCAUACUGUUGUUAGAGAGCUUCAUUUGCAGUUACAAUUUAUGUUGUCUUUAUUACUUCACUGUAAGUGCUACUGCAUACUGACAGAAGAUAGUUAAGACAGUGCCUCAAUGGUAGGCAUCCUUUACUGUCAAA